GUGCGCCGUGCUUCUAUAGUUCUGUCAACGUGCCACUUUCUCCAGUUCCCUUCAUCGCUUAACCUUUUCGCCCGUCCGACUCGUUUCCACGAUGGCGCCGAAAGAAGCAUCGAAGAAGGCGGAGAAGAAGCCUGUAAAGGCGGAGAAGAAGGUAGUGAAGGAGGGCGGUAAGAAGAAGAAAAUGAAGAAGUCGACCGAGACGUACAAAAUGUAUAUCUACAAGGUGCUGAAGCAGGUUCAUCCCGACACCGGUAUCUCCAGCAAGGCCAUGAGCAUCAUGAACAGCUUCGUCAACGACAUUUUCGAGAAGUUGGCGGCUGAGUCGUCGAGGCUAGCAAGGUACAACAAGAAGCCCACUAUCACGUCUCGGGAAAUUCAGACUGCUGUGCGUCUCAUCUUGCCAGGGGAGCUAGCGAAGCAUGCGGUGUCAGAGGGGACGAAGGCUGUGACGAAGUUCACAAGCGCCUGAUCUUCUUGAGUGAGCCGCCUUACUGUGCGCAGCUGCGCGCAAUGAUUCAUGGUGUUCUUAAACACCACCACCAUCUUCUUAGACAUUUAUUCUCCUUAUUUGUGCAAUCUUGGACGUUCCGAGUCCGAGGAUCGCUGUGUCGUUCCGGUCAGAAAGAAGUAAGGCUUGGGGCAUGGGGGCCUUGAUGAUGGUCGUUUGGCGUGGUGUGUUGUCUGCUGGGAAAAAGUCAUGUGGCGAUGUUGAGAGUGUCCUCCUUUGACGACCAUGUACUUCUCUGUUCGUGUAAGCAGUAUCGUCGCGCUGAAAUUUAGUUCUUCCCUGCUUCCUGGAGUCUGGAGUUCUUAUUUCUUCUUGAUGGAGAGUCGUUGGGGUGAGUGGAGUGCGUUUGCUUCUGUGCGCGCGUAAGUUCGAGGAUGAUUAUCGUUGUCAUCAUGACAACUGUUCCAAAUCCUCCGCCUGGACGUCUACGUGGCGCUGCAGCGUUGCAGUUAUCAUUGUGCACGUGCUCUCGUCGAUAUCGUUUGUCGUGUUGACAGUGUCUUGCAUUGUAUCUGAAUGUGUAGUUGUGAAUUUGGAUGUGCUUCAUGAAAAGCAGUGGUCAGCGCGUCGGCAGCUCUAGCAGGAGUUUGACAUCGCAGCGGAUUAUCUGCCACCAUCGACUAUAAGGAUCUCGCCGUGGCCGAGGAGCGACAGCAGCGAUGUACUCUCGUACUUUCAUAUGUCGAAUCUGACACAAUCCUUCCGUCCAAACUACUUGCAAGCCCUGUUUGUUUCUUUCCCUUCCCAUUCCCAACCUCCCUCCCUCUCUCCCUUCCAACCCUACUCCCAUCUCCGGCAUUGGCUGGUCGAUGUUUCCCUCCUUGUAUUAUAAAUACUGUGUGAUAUCUGACUGUCUGUUUGUUCUUUCUCGUUCUCCCCCCUUCCUCGCUUCCCGUUCCUCCUGUCUUUAUCUGUCUCACCCUGCUUGCCUCUAUUCCUCGGUUUUCGUUCUUUCGUGCCACUCUCUCCCUCUCCCGCUUCCUUCGUUUGCUGAGUUGGCUGCCAAUCACAGCCUCUGCGUCUCUUCGACAUUCUAGUUUCGGUAACCUGAGUCCUGUAUCCGCAAUCUUCUUGGGUGCCUGCUUGUUCGUCGAGGUGCGUCGUGUGUCGUUUGAGCGGUCCAUGGCUUCAUCGUGAGAGCGCCAUGGCGAGCACAAUGGGAGACAACAAGGGAGCCGUUGAUGAAACCCAUAGGACAGCACCCACACGAGGGCGCGAGGAAGAAGGUAGGCGUUGAUGCUACCCACAACACCGCCGUUCUUUGCAAUGCUUGUAGCCUCUUCGCAAUGACAUUGUCAGUUAUUUCAUAGCCUAUGAGGCACUGUCCGGCUCCGACGGCGCACCGUGUGCAUCUCCCAUCGUCAGGCUACGCACAUCGGCCACAAUCGCAGUAUUGUGGGAGGUCGUACAUUGGGGGAUGUUCGUCGUAGAAUAGCCGGUGACUGUCAUACGGACCCCGUGUACGACUUGUGGCACUAACGUCGCGCCUGCUCGCUUCGAAGGAUUGGUCAUGCCUCUCUUCCUCCGGCGUCAUCUUUUCUCCUUCUCUCGAGCUCUAUUGCGGUGACGUGUUUCAUGUAUUCGUGGCAUUCGUGUUUUGUGGUGGCGUGUCGUGUGAUGCAGAGCGAGCGGGAGCGAUCGUGGGGAGGGGAAGAGAGAGAGAGAGAGAGAGAGAGAGAGAGAGAGAGAGAGAGAGAGAGAGAGAGAGAGACGCUUGAUCUACUUCGAGAUGAGCCAGAUUCUUCUUCCCCCCGACCUUCUCGGGCCUUGGUUCCCAGCACCUGAAUAAUCAUGAAUACGGACUGCACCGUCGUAUGGCGAUGCCCAGGUCAUCACAAGUCGUUUCUGGAUUCGUUGAAUGAAUAUCUGACUCAGAUGCAUCUGGCUGCUCAGCUCAUUUCGAGCUCAGAUAAAAGUAUUCGAGGAUU